AUGAACGUAGUUAACCGUAUAUUCCCCAGCUUUAUUCAACGCGUCGACUCGGCGGUUCCGCUCGGCUACACCACGCCGCCCUUCCCCUCCCUCUAUUGGCCUCUUCCCGCCGGCGCGACACAGUCCUUCUACCUAUACCGUCCCGAUGACAUCUUCCGCUUCACCGUAUACUGGACACUGCUGCUGGUCGGCGGCAUCCACUUCAUCACUGCGCUAUGGGCAUGCAUAGUGCAAUGGCGUAAUUGGAAGUUGAUAUGGAUAGCCCUACCUGUGUUCAGCAUUGUGGGAGGUGUUGAAGCACUUGUUGCGGGUGCAAUUGUUGGCGGACUACUUGGAGGCGUAUAUCAGGCGGGCUACUUCGAAAUGUCCACCUGGAUACCCUUUGUCUGGGCUGUCAUCAACACCUUGGUACUCAUAUUGUCCUCGUUCGCCAUCUAUGGUGGACUCUGA